AUGGGAAUUGAAAAAGAUUUUGAGAUGACGAAUUUAUCUCUUAACAAGUAUUUGAUAGCAAACAUAGGGAACGGUUGCAAAGCAAAGUUUUGUUUAGACACGUGGGUAGGGAAUGGUCCAUUAAAGGAACGGUUCCCAGCUCUAUACGCUUUGGCGAGAAACAACAACUGCAAAGUAAGUGAAUUUUGGAGAAGAAUAGGUGAAAUAGAAAUGUGGGAUUGGGUCUGGCACCGAGGGAUAAGGAACGAUGAGGAACGGGAUCAACACUUGGAACUGAUAGAAGUUUUAAAAGACCAAAGACUAAAAGAAAGUGAAGAUACUUGGAAAUGGAAAACAAGACCAAAUGAAGAAAUGACAGUGGCUAUGGAUACCGCCAAAAGUGAACUUGUUCGUAUGGAGAGCUACAAAAAAAGGAUUCCGGAUAAAGUGGAGCUGAAUUGCAGGGGUAUAAACAUCGAAGAUCUGCUGUGCUCAAGGUGUGAAAGAGACGAAGAAUGGACGGAACAUUUAUUGCUAAAAUGUGUGUUGGCUCGGGCAACAUGGUGGAACAUCAUGGCUUGGUUGAAAUUACCGAAUCAUGAGGAACACAAUUCAUGUGAGGAGAUGAUGCAACAUAUACAGGAACAAAACUGUUCGAAGGAUUGGAAACAACUGAUUACGGCGAUUAUCAUGAUAACAAUGUGGCAAAUAUGGAAAUCCAGAAAUGAAUUGAUUUUUAAAGGACUGAAUGGGUCAGUAACAAGAACGGUUGAUGAAAUAAAAGAGUUGUCGUUUUUGUGGAUAAAAGAAAGAUCGAAGUUAAAAAAUCUAGAUUGGGAGAGAUGGAAGGACUUCAACAUAAGGGAUAUAAUCAAAUAA